AUGUUUAGAAGGUUAGCAUAUCAAUGGCUUCGAGCUUAUCGUCAGUAUCCUCCUAUAAAAUCCAAUGGAGUUAGCACUAUUAACCAACCGUACUUUCGUUACCGUAAGGUAGGUUAUUUAGUACCUUUUGGGGCUGCAUUUUACAUAUACAAUCUGGAUGAAGUACCAGUGACACAUCGAAAGCGGUUCCUAUGGGUACCUCGUAACCUUGAAUUAAUGAUAGGUGACUACUCUUAUAACUGUAUGUUGCAGGAAACCCAAGGGAAGCUUCUUCCUGCUGAUCAUCCCUUGACUGUUGAGGCUACAAAGAUACUGCGAAGGCUUUUGGCAGCUGUGAAGGAUAGAGCAUACUCAGAGGCGCUUUAUUUGGAUAAUUUGGAUUGGAAGGUUCAUAUCGUGAAUGAUUAUAAUCUUCUUCCAAACGCUAUUAUAAUUCCAGGUGGAAGAGUAUUUAUAUAUGGUAAUAUGUUAAAGUUAUGCGAGAACCAAGACGGACUGGCGACGAUUCUCUCACACGAACUUGCCCAUCAGGUUGCAAGACAUAGUGCGGAACAAAUAUCGAAGUCCACAGUUUACCUUGCGGCUUCUAUUAUAUUCAGCUGGCUUACUGGGUUUUAUAUUCCUAAUGACUGGGUUGAUUCGUUGUUAAAGAAGCCCGGAUCAAGAGCAAUGGAGACGGAAGCUGACUUGAUGGGAAUUAUGAUAAUGUCAAAGGCGUGCUUUAACCCCCAGGAAGCAGUUAGGUUGUGGAACAGGGUACAUAAGUUUGAAAAGAUGAGCGGGCAGGAUACCUCUUUUGAUUUUAUGUCCACUCAUCCAGCCAGUGCUAAAAGGGUAGAGAAUAUGAGAAAAUGGUUACCAAAAGCACAGGAAGUGUACGGCGAAAGUUGUGAACCCGUUAAUAAUCUUUAUAAUGUGUUCCAGACAGUAUUUAGGCGUUAUUAG